GCGACGCGCCGGCGCUAGCGCGUGCGCACAACAACCGUGUGUUGAUUGUUAUAUUUAUCCUAGUGUUUUUUUAUAUUAAUCGUGAUGCGUCCCGCGGCGUUCGCGCUGCUUCUGUGGAUCGGCGUGUCCCAGGCGCACUACCUGGGUAAGGAGAUCGGGCCGCUGUCUGAGCUGCACCACGGCGUGCGCGGCAGCGUGUUCGCGGUCGACUCACGUACACUAUACCUGCACGACUUUCACUACGAUGGAGAAGGACCUGCUGCAUACUUCUAUGUCGGUACGUCAAAAUCCCCGACCGCAACCGGCUCUCUACGUCUGCGUGACGAGCGAGGCGGCACGACGCCUCUACGACGGUACCGCGGCGAGGGCGUCACGCUGUCCCUACCGGACGGGAAGACCCUGCGUGACGUCACCUGGUUCUCUGUAUGGUGUGACGAGUAUUCAGUGAACUUUGGUUCGGUGGACAUUCCUCGCUCGUUGGAGUACCCCAAGCCCGCGAAGGUAGCGGCGCUACACGGAGUGCACGGCGUGUCCUCUGACGCCAUUGUUGUUGUGGACGCGCAGACGCUGCUCAUACCGAACUUCUCAUACGACGGGGAAGCCCCUGAUGCUAAGUUCUGGGUCGGUCGCGGCGACAAACCGUCUCCUCAGGGCAUCCGCAUACCUGAUGAGAACGGCAAAGAGUCUCCGCUCCGCAAGUAUGACAAGAAAACCAUCGUCCUCACGUUACCUGGAGAAUUAACUGUAUUCGACAUCGGUCACUUUGCGGUGUGGUGCGAGGCGUUCACCGUGAACUUCGGUCACGUGUUGCUGCCGAGAGCCAUGCUCGUCAACGUGCCGCCCAGUCUCAAGAUGCUUGGCGUUUCCCCACAGUCUAAGUUGAACUGCGAGGUGCUACAUGACGAACUGGCCUUCGAAGUGCGCUGGGCCAUCGCCGGCGACAGCAUUGUCUUGCAGCUUGUCGCUAAGCUUGAGGAUGGUGAAUACAUGUCGUUCGGAGUGUCCGGCGUUAACGACCACUCGCAGAUGGUCGGUGGUGACGUGGCCGUCGCGUGGGUGAAUAAGACCACUCUCAUGGGCUUCUCAGAAGAUUACUAUUUAGAUGCGAAGAGUCAAUGCGCUGGAGUGCACGGUUCUUGCCCUGAUAAAAAAAUUGCGCCAAACACGAAUUCAAUCCGUGUCCUUAAUGCCGCCUUGGUGAACGGCUACUCUAUCGUGACGUACCAGCGACCGCUUAAGGCUUCCGACUUUCUGGACAGACCUGUGUUCACGAACGUCAGCCAGCCUAUCAUUUGGGCAAUCGGACCACUUAAUUCUAAACUGGAGGUGUCGUACCACCAUCAUUUUACGAAGGGUGACAAGUUUAUUGAGUUCGGCCGACCACCGCUCUGGAACUGCCCGAUGCCGGAAGGAGAAGAGGAGCACAAAACACCAGGACCAAUUUACAAAGAAACACCAACAAGACCAUCGGAAGUCGAAGAGGACACUGCGGUGAUCAAACCCAACCCAGUGCCCACUCCGCGUCCGUCUCCAAAAGUGACGCCGUGGGAAAUUCCCGGUAUACAAUGUUAUGAGCCCCCAGACGGCGUGUUCUACGCGCAAAUGGGACCUACGGGAGGAAAGCAAGGGUAUUCUGCAAUAACAGGUCACGUUGGUUGGGGUAUUUCUUGGUACAUCAAUGGUCUCUUGAUACCUGAAAUCACGGUUGUCCGUGGUAAGAAGUACACUUUCGUGGUGGAAGGUGGUACCGACCCUGAAGUACCAGCUCGCUACCACCCCUUCUAUAUAACUAACGAUCCCGUCGGUGGAUACUAUCAUAAAACUGAUGCUGAGAAAAAGGAUGUAGAAAUAUACGCAGGUGUACGUCGUUUGCGUAACGGUGAAUUGUUACCAAAUGGUGUUGGCCGUCUCUGUAACUGGACGCCAGAUAAUGAAGGACCUGAAGCUGACGAGUACCCCAGCUUCGGCGCGUACCAGCGUUCUCUAACUCUUGUCUGCGAGGAAGGCAACCCCGGUGUUGUUACGUGGACGCCAGAUAGAAACACUCCGGACACUGUCUAUUAUCAGUGUUUCACUCAUCGAUAUCUCGGUUGGAAGAUAAAUGUGGUCGAUGAGUGUGACGCCACGGAGGCAGAGGAAAGUCGCGUAGUAGAGACUUUAGCCCUCCCCGGUGACCUUUUGGGGGAGGAGUCUAUUCAGUAGCAAUAAUGGAGAAAGCGGCCUCUCGGGAGAAGUGUACCCAGAACCCAGCAGGAACUAUUUGUACCCGAGUGGACACGAGUAUGAAUUGCCAAUAUCACAAGUACAAAUUAAGGAAGUUAUUCAAACUGUAGAAAACUUAGAAGACCAAAUGAAAGACGAGCUCAAACGAAAUACAACUCAACCGCAAAAGUUAAUGCAGUAUCAAGUUCACGAAGACGUCAAGGAGUUGUUUGUACCAGAACAACCCAUAAGGGAUGG